AUGAGUGAACUGGAACAGUUGAGGCAGGAAGCCGAACAACUACGGAAUCAGAUCCAGGAUGCCAGGAAAGCAUGCAAUGAUGCAACACUUGUUCAGAUCACAUCAAACAUGGAUUCCGUGGGUCGGAUACAAAUGCGAACAAGACGUACGCUGAGGGGGCACCUCGCUAAAAUCUAUGCCAUGCAUUGGGGCUAUGACUCAAGGCUACUAGUCAGUGCUUCCCAAGAUGGAAAAUUAAUUAUUUGGGAUAGCUAUACAACAAAUAAGAUGCAUGCCAUUCCUCUGAGGUCUUCCUGGGUGAUGACCUGUGCUUACGCCCCCUCUGGUAAUUACGUGGCUUGUGGAGGACUGGACAACAUCUGCUCUAUCUAUAACUUAAAGACCAGAGAGGGGAAUGUGAGAGUGAGCCGAGAGUUACCGGGCCACAUAGGCUACUUGUCCUGCUGCCGUUUUUUAGAUGACAGCCAAAUUGUUACAAGUUCAGGAGAUACAAAUUGUGCCCUAUGGGACAUUGAAACUGCCCAGCAGACCACGACGUUCACUGGGCAUUCUGGAGAUGUGAUGAGUCUGUCUCUGAGUCCCGACAUGAGGACUUUCGUGUCUGGUGCUUGUGAUGCCUCUGCCAAGUUAUGGGAUAUCCGAGAUGGAAUGUGUAGACAGUCUUUCUCUGGACAUGUGUCAGAUAUUAAUGCUGUCAGUUUUUUUCCAAAUGGCUAUGCCUUUGCCACUGGCUCCGAUGAUGCCACUUGCCGUCUCUUUGACCUUCGUGCAGACCAAGAAUUACUAUUGUAUUCUCAUGACAAUAUUAUCUGUGGGAUCACCUCCGUAGCCUUCUCAAAAAGUGGGCGCCUCCUGUUAGCUGGUUAUGAUGACUUUAAUUGUAACGUGUGGGACACACUGAAAGGAGAUCGUGCAGGUGUUCUUGCUGGUCAUGACAACCGGGUCAGCUGUCUGGGUGUAACUGACGAUGGCAUGGCUGUGGCAACAGGCUCAUGGGACAGUUUUCUUAGAAUCUGGAAUUAA